UCUGCGACUGCGCAGAUAUCGCACGUCACACUUUCGCGAAACAGAGGAAUGUCUCCAACUAGUUAGCUGGGUACGAAUAAAAUUAUUGGCUCUCAUAAUGUCGGUCUUUCACGACGAAGUUGAGAUCGAGGACUUUGAAUAUGACGAGGAUGAAGAGACAUACUAUUUUCCCUGCCCAUGUGGCGACAGAUUUGCCAUAACCAAAGAGGAUUUGGAAAAUGGUGAAGAGGUAGCGACGUGUCCGAGCUGCUCGCUCAUUGUUAAAGUAAUCUACGACAAGGAGGAAUUUAUGUCUGGGGAGAUAAUCGAAGCACCAACUACAGAGAGCAGAUUGCAACUGACUCAGUCCUCCUGACARCGAUGACAUGUCCCCUUCAUUUUCUCAUCUCCCAUCAGUAAAAGUGGACCCUGCUGCAUUUGUAUGUGCUUCCACACAACACAAAGACACAUUAUGAACGACAUGCUUCACUGGUGAGGUCUGGGAUGGAGGAUUCUCAGCACUCAUUCACAUGUUCCCUGGCAUUGAUUUUGCAGAGUCACGUAAAGGACCCGAACUACUACUAUUUGCACAACGUAUUUAAAUAAAAUCCUUUAUUCUUUUAAGUCUUUCACUCCCUUUUUUAUAAACAUGUUAUGCAUUUUUGUUGAUGCCUCAAGAUUAAAUCAGGAUGAAGUGAA